AUGAGGAUCUUGAAACUGGCAGAGGAACAACAUAAAGCUGGCUAUAGCAAGAUUGAUUUCUGCAAGAAGCAGGCUUCUAUCGAAAAGCUCGCGUACAUCUGGAUCGACACCUGCUGUAUCAACCGCAAGAGCGAACCAGAACUCUCUGAGGCUAUUAAUUCUAUGUUUCGAUGGUAUAAAAACGCUACACGCUGCUACGUUUAUCUAUCUGAUGUCUACACGUCCCAUGAAGAAAGAGACACGCCAUUAGGCGGCAAGGAGUGGGAGGCUCUUUUCACACAGAGUCGCUGGUUCAGUCGAGGUUGGACGCUUCAAGAACUUAUUGCGCCAGAGCACGUUGACUUUUUUGCACGCGACGGGACCUAUUUUGGCAACAAGUUGACGUUGGAAAUAGCUAUUUCUAAUGUUGCGGGCAUUUCUCUGGACGUCUUGCGUGGUCGUCCCUUGGCUGAGUGUACUAUUGAAGAACGUAUGACGUGGGCAAAGGCACGUACAACAAAACGCGAGGAAGAUCACGUCUAUUCUUUAUUUGGUAUCUUCGAUGUGACUAUGCCGCUAAGCGCGAUGCAAAUGGUGCAAGCGCGGCUGGCGACUUCCCUGAUCAUUCGAAGCAACAGCCUAGGCCUCCAGGGGUCAUCGGCCAUGCCAGCCACGUAUCAAUCCAUACUCAAUCACGAAGAGGGUCCUAAGGUACUCAUGAAUGCGAUAGGGAUUGGGACAGAAAGUGGCGGCACCGAUCGUCCAGGCCUUCUGCGCACCCUUCUCCUUAAACUUACGCAACUGUUAUCCGCCUUUGUAACUCCACUUGGCUACUUCGAGGCACUGUCUUCAUUUCGACCUGAAAUAAUAACUAACCAUCCGGAUGUUGGCGACGAUACGGAGAUCAAUAUUCGCUUUGACAAGAAAUCCAAUGCUACGGGCGGCGACAGCGAACCUAAAGCGACAAGCCAACUACGAAUGCUUGAUACUGGCAUUAUAGACAACACCUGGAACCUCACCGAAGUUCUUCACCAUCAGAACGUGCGGAUGAUUCCAGAAACAGAUCUUAUCACAGCCUACGUCCAUACAACUUACCUGGUAGCAAACCUUGACAACCGGUGGGUUUUAUACCAGACUAUGACCGCGGGCAAAUUGGGAACCGACCGCUUAUGUCGUGCAGUUCAGGCCAGUGUUGCUCUCCGAGGUGCCUCUAAUGUCGCACAGUUAGUCAGUAUAAUCGUGGACUCCGAGAAGAAGCUAAAGGGCGUGCUUGUCGAGCUGCCUUCGAAAGGACCGAUGUUCAGACUAAUGGACGCUCAUAAGUUCAAACGCAAACCUAUACCAUGGCCAAUAAGACAAAAAUGGGCUAAGCAGAUUGUCCGAGGGCUUGCAGCAUACCACGAACGUGGUCACGUUGUUGCAGGCAUGAGAACAUACAAUUGGUGCGUCUGCAUUGAUGACUGCGACAAUGCAAUGAUCAUAGGCUUGGGCAAUGGCAACCAUACCGCUGUACAUCGAUACGGUGGUUUGCUACCACCAGAAUACCGCACCGAAGCUUUCAAGAAGGGAGAUGGCCAGGUUGGACCUGACUUUGAUAUCUUCCAAUUGGGCUUAUUGCUAUGGCACCUGUACCGUGAUCAGCAUCAGCAAGGCGCCAGAACCUUCUGCUCGCUUGCAGGAUGCAACAAUGCCGAGCUUGCCACUUGUGACGAGCACGGGGAUCCAAUUGCUUUGCCAAAGGCUGCGGUGGACGUACCGGCCUACCUAGAUUUAAUUAUUGCACUAUGCCGCCAGAAAGAUCCCCACAAAAGACCGGCUGCUUGGGAGUUACUCCAAAUGUUCCCUGAGGAUGAGGAGAUCUUUAGACAGAUUGAUUUGCUCAACGAGGACGAAAGUUUUAUCCCAGGAUAUGACAGUACCAUCACUGCAAAUGCCAGAUUGACAAGGCUUGAGGUCAUUCGAGAUAUCUACGGCAAUUCUUGCGUUUGUGUCUCGGUUGCUGAGUUCAAGUAUGUUAAACAAGAGCUUGAAUAG